AUGCUUUACCCUACGCAAUUAAGAGUCGUCGCCCUAUCUCGACCAUUGGCAAGGCUCCAUCCCGCUCAAACAAGUUUCGCUCCCAUAUUCGUUCGCUCAAAGGCUCUAUCAGCUAUCGUCCGAGGCGUGGUAAAAUCCGAACAAGCUCAAUAUGGCGAGUCUCGAUCGCGCGAUGGCGGUUUCCGUGACCGCAGAACCUCUGAUAUGAACCCUCGAUCAAGGCGAGAAGCUUCUCCUAUGCGCAAGUCGUCCGCAGGCCCCCGCCGUAGUGACCCUCCCGCCCGCCAGGAUGCUUUUCUGGACAAAUUCAGCACCGUGAGAGGUUCCGAUUCUGGCUCUCCGAAAGGUGGCACACGAAACUGGAGACAGGAACAGAAGUUGAGGAAGAAGCUAAGAAAGAAGGACGAGGAAAAGAAGGCCCAGGAAGAGAGGGAAGCAGACGGGACUGAUCGUCGAACCAGGAGGAGGCGAUUCGCAGAUCCUGAGAAUGAGUUCGGGAACCGCAGUUUGGUACAACGAAUGAAAUAUGGUGAUCUCAAAGAGGUUGCCGAUAGUCUGCAGGUCCAGCAACCUGUUCGGCCACGAACUUUCAAUGCCGCUCGACGGGAGUUUAGAGACAACGAUAACGGCAGUCCCAAACAUGAGCGACGGUUUGAGCGAUCAGAUGAACGACCCGAGAAAUCACAGCAGCUGUUCGAUCGCUCCGAGCGCAGGCCGGAACGUCCAGAACGUCAGUUUGACCGUUCAGAUAAACCACAGCAAAGGUUCGACCGCUCAGACCGGCCGCAACAGAGAUUUGAUCGCCCCGAACGUCGAUUCGAUCAUUCGGAUAGACCACAACAGAAUUUCGAUCGUUCUGAUCGUAGCGCCCCUCGUCAGGACGGCGCCCGAUCCGAUCGAUGGAACGACCAAGCAGAUGAUGAUGGCGAUGCAUUCUCUGCUAGGCGUGGAAAGAAAAAGGAAAUGAUGGCCAUGAAUGUCAAAUACACUACUGCCGCUUCACAGUUCCUGUACGGCCGAUCAGUAGUUAAGGCAGCCCUCGAGCAGAACCGUCGACAGCUAUACAACCUCUACAUCUACGGCGGUGAGAAUCGAAGGGAUAGCAAGGACAACACCAUCAUGACCCGGUUGGCCGAAAAGCAUAGAGUGCCAAUUACAAUAGUGCCUAACGACGAGCAACGAAUUAUGGAUAAGAUGAGCAUGGGACGUCCUCACAACGGGUUUGUUCUCGAGGCCUCUCCUCUGCCUCAACUGCCCAUCAAGUCACUCGGCAAGUUGGAGGAGAGCACUGGUCGCCUGGGUUUUCACGUGGAUCUUGACUUCCAGACCAAGGAAGAGGCAGCAGUCAAUGGUUCAGACACCUUCGUUCGACGGUCCAACGAUGUCAUGCCGAAGCCAUUUGUCCUUCUGCUGAACGAGAUUCUCGAUCCAGGCAACCUGGGAGGUAUCAUCCGUACUGCUAGUUAUCUUGGCAUUGACGCUGUCGGCAUCACCAAUCGAGGAUCCUCCACACUCACACCAGUUGUUCUCAAGUCCGCUGCUGGUGCAGUAGAGGAAAUUUCACUCUUCACAGUUGAUGAUCCAGUCAAAUUUGUAGAAGAGUCUGGCAAAGCUGGUUGGAAGACAUAUGCUGCGGUAGCACCACCUGACCGCAAACUUGUCCGAAAGCAUGGUGACAAGUUCGUCUCUCUGGACUCCAUCGAGGCAGAGAGCCCGCUAAACAACCACCCCUGUCUGCUCGUUCUCGGUAACGAGGGUUAUGGCCUAUCGAAGCCUGUUAAGGUCGCCGCUGACUACGAACUAUCAGUUCCUCGUUUUGUUCAGGGAAGCUGCGUCGACAGUUUGAACGUUAGUGUCGCAGCUGGACUCUUGUGUCAUUCUUUUGUUAGGGAGCCUGUAGCCGAGAUCAAGGCUAAGCCGGCCGAUCCAAAGAUCGAGUCUAUCGAGACGGAGACUGAGGUCGCAGUAACUGAGACUGAAGUAAAUGCCGUCGAGGUAGUCGACGAGGUUAUCACCAACUCCGAGCAAGCUGAGAGGGAGUCGGAAAAACUCGAUAUCACUACGGAGCAAGAAACUGAUACUGAGGAGGCAAAGGUGGAAGAGAAGGAGAACAAGAGUAACGAGGAAGCGAUGUUUUAA